UUUUAUAACGUGUUUUGAGGUAAUUUCCUUUUUAAUUUCCCACUAAUUUAUUAAGUUAGUUGUAACUGGAUAUUACAAUGUAUACAAACUGCAUAAUACAAUAUAUUAUAUAUUGACUAGGAUUCUCGGAAGUAUAAAAGUGUUGAAAAAGAAGCUUCAAUGAUCAUUCCUGUUCCUGCUCCUCUUUGUGGAGCUAUUAUUAUUGGUGAAAAUUCAAUUUUUUACCAUGAUGGCUCCUUUAAUAUUACUCAUCUUCCCAUAAGACAGAAAAUUGAUAUUGUAUGUUACACUAGAGUUGAUUUAGAAGGAACUAGAUAUUUACUUGGAGACCAUUCAGGAUAUUUACUUAUGUUAUUUUUAAAGUAUGAAAAAACAUCAAACAGAACAUUUAAAGUUACAGAUCUAAACAUACGUUAUUUUGGAGAAAUUAGUAUACCCAUAUCACUUACAUAUUUAGGUAACAAAGUAAUUUAUGUUGCAUCUAAAUUUGGAGACUCUCAACUCAUUAAAUUACAUUAUGAAUUUAAUCAAACUGGUUCGCAUAUUACAAUAUUAGAUCAAUAUCUUAAUUUAGGACCAAUUGUUGACAUGUGCUUAGUUGAUAUUGACCACCGUGGUCAAGAACAAAUAGUUACUUGUUCAGGAGCAUUUAAAAAUGGAUCUCUUAGAAUUAUAAACAAUGGAGUAGGGAUUCAAGAAAUAGCCACAAUUGAUUUGCUUGGAAUUAAAGGGAUUUGGCCUCUAAGUUUUAAUACUAAAAGUGAUCUAGAUGAUACAUUAGUAUUAUCAUUUGUUUGGCAUAGCAAAGUGUUGGCAUAUGAUAGUGAAGAGGCUGAAGAAAUAUAUGUUGAAGGUUUUGAAUCUGAAUUACAAACAAUUUACUGUGGUAAAACAUUAGAUAAUAAGAUGGUUCAAAUAACAUCAGCUAGUGUUCGGUUAAUUUGUAUGGAAUCAAAAAAAUUAAUAUGUGAAUGGAAGGUACCAGGUUUCAGAAAUAUUAGUGCUGUAUCAUGUAAUGGUCGUCAAGCGGUUUGCUCUUCGAAAAAUGAUCUAUUCUAUUUAGAAAUUGGAUCACAGCAAAUUUUUCAAAAUAAGCAUAUUACAUUAGAACAUGAAGCAUCUUGUCUUGAUAUCUGUUUAUUUAAAGACAAGUUUGGUGAAACUAUAAUUUUGCUUGCCAUUGGUUUAUGGACAGAUACCUCUGUUAAAAUACUUAAACUUCCAGAUUUUAAAGAACUUGUAAAAGAACCUUUAUUUGAAGGAGUUGUUCCUCGAUCGGUAUCUUUUAUUACAUUAGAAAAUAUACAAUACUUAUUUUGUGCAUUGGGAAAUGGGAGCUUAUGUUAUUUUUACAUAAAUGUUGAAACUGGUAAAUUAUAUAAAAAUGGAAAGAUUAAACUUAGUAAUCGCCCGGCUUUAAUCAAAAAGUUUCAAGCUGCUUCAAGUAUUUUUAUAUGUUCAGAUUACCCAAUUAAAAUUCAUUCUUCUAAUAAAAAGCUGAUUUUUACCAAUGUCAAUUCAAUAAAAGUCAAUGAUAUAAGUAUGAUUAAUACAAAUAGGUAUCCCAAUAGUUUGAUUCUGGCUACAGACACCGCCAUUAUUAUUGGUGUUAUUGAUAUGGAAGAAAAACAUCAUGUGCGAACUAUUCCCCUAGGAGAAUCUCCUCGGCGAAUUGCAUACCAAGAAGCAAGCAAGACAUUUGGCAUAACAACUAUCAGAAAAAAUAUUAAAGAUGAAAUGAUAAUAGGAUCGGUUCAGCCUAGUGCUAGUACUAGAACACAGAAUAUUUCUAGUGCAAUGGAAAAUCGUUUUCUAAUUGAUCAACAAUUGUCAAACAAUAUUAAAGCAAGUUCAUUAAGUGACAGUGAUUUCGAUCCUGCAUUUGACAUAAGCAGUAUGAUUAUAUUGCAUCAAGAUACUUUUGAAAGUUUACAUGUAUAUCAAUUAUAUUCCAACGAAUAUGCUUUAAGUAUCAUAUCAACUAAAUUGGGAAAUGAUCCAACUACUUAUUAUGUAUUGGGAACAGCUUUUAUGACAGAAGGGUAUCAAGAUCCUAGAGCUGGACGAAUUGUUGUAUUCUAUUAUAAUUCUUCUGUAUCAAAAUUGACACAAAUAUCAGAAAAAAUGGUUGAUGGUGGUUGUUUUAGCAUGGUUACAUAUCAUGACAUGCUCAUUGCUACAGUUAAUAGUUCAGUGCAACUAUAUAGCUGGAGUCAUGAAAAACAAUUUGUUCUUCAAUGUACACAAAAUAAUAGCAGUAUAUCUCAGCAAGUUAAAACUAAUGGACAAUAUAUUCUUUGUGGUGAUAUAACAAAAUCAUUAGCACUAUUUAAGUGCAAAAUUGAUGAAAUCAAUUUAGAAAAGAUAGUUACAGAUGAUUGUCUAAAAUGGACAUCCGCCAUAGAGAUUAUUGACGAUGAUUUAUUUAUGGGAGCAGAAAAUGAUAAAUAUUUAUAUGUUUUUUAUAAGGACAGUAAUUUUGGUUCUAGUAAUUUUCGACAGGAUCAUUUUCAAGAAAUUGGUCGAUUCCACUUGGGUGAUUUAGUAAAUGUUUUUAGACAUGGUUCAUUAGUUAUGAAACAAUUUGAAAAUGCCUAUGAAACACAGUUGUCAGUUCAAGGAAGUACUUUUUACGGCACAAUUAGUGGAGCUCUUGGAUUCAUCACAAAAAUGAGUCCAAAACUGUUUGGCUUCCUGACAGAUUUUCAAAUAAGUAUAGCUACUGUUGUUAAUGGAACGAGAAUGAUACCCAAUCACCAUCAAACAGAAUUCACAAAAUCUAACAAAGGGUUUUUUGAUGGGAAUUUAAUAAAGAGUUUUUUAAAAUUGCCCAUUGCUGACAUGGAGUUAGUUAUUAAAGGACUAAAGGGAUCAUAUGAUUGUGAAUUCCAGAAAAUAUUAGAACAGACGGAGAUUGGUAUUAAAGAUGUAACCAAUCUCAUUGAAGAUUUAACUAGGUUAUAUUAAUUUAUGCUAUAUAAUCUAUCCAAAAAAAUGUAAUAGUACUGGUAUAGUGUUUAAUAUUAUGAUAUCAUUUAUAUCCUUAUUAUGGGAAAUAAAGGAUAUUUUUCUAAUAAGUAUAACACAUUUAACAUAUUUA